AUGGCAUCAACACAAUCUGCCAGUAUAAACGAUAUGGGCGAUCCUUUGAGACCGUACGUACCGGGCAACGAAACUCCAGAAGAAAAACGUAAACGUGUAAAUCUAGAAAAACAAGCGAAAAAACGUAGUGAUGCCAUUGAUAAACAGUUAAAAGCCGAAAGGGAAGAAAGAGAUAAACAAAAAACAGCGAAGUUAUUAUUAUUAGGUUCCUCAGAAAGUGGAAAAACGACCGUUCUUAAGCAACUAAAAAUUAUUCAUGGUAAAGGGCUUUCAGACGAACGUCAACGGUACCGCCGUAUAGUUCACCUUAACGUACUUACAGCUAUUAAAGCUCUGGCAAAUGCUCUUGUAACUCUUGGAUAUACUAUUAAACCUGAAAAUAAACAACAUUUAGAUAGAAUUAUCAAUCUGACCACGAUAAAGAAUACGUUGAAUCGAAAUUCUAUCACAGUUCAGGCAGCCAUUAGGGAUCAACAAUUGGACGAUAAUUCACAAGAUUUAUUCAUGGAAAACAUUAACACUGUUAUGGCUUUAUGGAACGACCCUGCUAUCAAACAAUGUUAUAAUUCGGCGAGUGAAAUCGGGUUACAGGAUUCCGCAAAAUACUUUUUGGAUAAUGUAGAACGGUUUGGUAAAGAUAACUAUUUACCGACUGAUGAAGACAUUCUUCAAGCUCGCAUACGAACAGUUGGUGUUGCCGAGCAUAGAUUUGAAAUAGCUGAUGUAGUAUACAGGAUUUUUGAUGUUGGUGGCCAUCGUUCCCAACGUCACUUUUGGGCUCCUUAUUUUGAUGAUGUUAACGCCAUUAUUUUCAUGGCUGCUAUAUCAGCAUUUGACCAAACACUAGAAGAUUCUGAUAUAAAUCGCAUGAUUGAUAUUCUCAAACAUAAACUCGAAGAUGUUAAAGUUAAGGUUAAAGACUAUUUUCCUGAAUAUCAAGGGGAUAACAAAUUUCAAAGUGUUUCAAAAUUCUUUCAACGCAAAUUUUUGUCUCGGAAUAACAAUGAUGAAAAACAUAUUUAUGUUCAUUUUACGCAUGCUACGGAUACAAAGCAGAUGCGCGUUAUCGUGGCUUCGGUAAAUGAUAUUGUUCAAAGAAUGAAUCUCAAGGCUUCCGGUCUUAUUUGA